ACCAAAAUUUAAAACAAAUGCAUGUGCUUUGUGCAAAAGGCAUUUAUCAACUCAUUAAUUUGUUGUCUAUGAAAAAGAAAAAAAAAAAAAUUCCCCAGAUUAAUCAAGAAAUAUGAAUCUUACUUCCUUUUUCUUAGGGUGCAAGAAAAACAUUGAUCCCAACUACUCAACAGAAUUGGAAGGCUAGAGGCAUGUGUGGCUUAAUCUCAUAUUAAUUAAGCCCAUAAACAACCUGCUUUGAUGGCCUCUUAUCCCAACACAUGCAUUUCUUCUUCUAACAGAAAUGCCUUCCAAAAGGUUACUAUAUAUAUUGGGAGAUCCUUAACUACACAACUAUGAAUAUUAACACACCCCUCUUCUACAAUGGCUCUUGUUAUGUUGCCCAUGUCAAUAAUUCUGUUAUUCCUUGCUUACAAACUCUAUAACAAGCUAAGGUUCAAGCUUCCUCCUGGGCCUUACCCAUUGCCGGUAAUCGGAAACCUUUUCGCCAUGGGUGCCGUUAAAUUUCGGUGUUUUUCCGAGUGGUCACAAGUUUAUGGUCCAAUCAUGUCUGUGUGGUUUGGUUCACAUUUGCAUGUAGUAGUGUCAAACCCAGAGUUGGCAAAGCAAGUGCUCAAAGACAAUGAUGAGCAGUUAGCAAAUAGGCACAGGAAUUGGACAUAUUCUAGACUCAGCAGAAAUGGCGAGGGUCUUAUAUGGGCUGAUUAUAGUCCUCACUACACAAAGCUUAGAAAUGUUUGUGUGCUUGAGCUUUUCUCUACCAAGAGCCUUGAGACUUAUAGACACAUUAGGGAAGAUGAAGUUAGAGUCAUGGUCAAGUCACUUUUCAAAGAUUGCACUAGUGCUUGUGACUCUGGAAGAGGCUUAGUGAUCAGAAGGUAUUUGGUAGCUGUGGCAUUCAACAACAUCACACGGCUACUGUUCGGAAAGCGGUUCGAGAAUGAAGAGGGUGUGCUAAACGAGCAAGGGAAGGAGUUCGUGGGAAAUCUGACUAAAAAAUCAGAGGGUGGGACAUUUCUUGCUGUUGUUCAAGAGAUUUGGUGGCUUACUUGGGUUUUGUGGCCUCAACGUAUAGCACUUACUAAAAUGAGGGCAGAGGAAGACGAUCUAAAACGAGCAAUCAUGGAGGAUCACAUAGGGAAGGGGGAAGAGAAACAUUUUUUGGGCGCAUUGCUAAGUAUUCAAGAGAAAUAUGAUCUCACCCAGGAUGAUAUUGGAGGAUUACUUUGGGGACAGGUCAGUGCUGGCUUGGAUACAGUUGCAAUAUCAGCAGAAUGGGCCAUGGCAGAGAUGAUCAAGAACCCGAGGGUGCUGCGAAAGGCGCAAGAGGAGCUUGACCGUGUAAUAGGGCUGGAACGGCCAAUGACGGAGGCUGAUAUUUCAAACCUUCCAUACCUGAAAUGUGUUGCCAAAGAGGCACUGAGGCUUCACCCUCCAACCCCAUUGAUGCUGCCUCACAGAGCCAGUGCCAAUGUUAAGAUUGGUGGCUAUGACAUUCCUAAGGGAACUGCUGUUCAUGUAAACGUCUGGGCCAUCGGGCGGGACUCAAAUGUGUGGGAAGACCCACAGAGUUUCCGACCUGAGAGGUUCAUCGAGACAAAGGAGCAUGGUUUUGGGUAUCUGCCAUUUGGUGCAGGAAAGCGUACGUGCCCAGCAGCACAAGUAGCCACCAACUUGGUCAUACUGAUGUUGGGAAACCUUUUGCAUAGCUUUGCUUGGAGCUUGCCCGAAGGCGUCCCGUCAAAGGAGAUUGACAUGUCAGAGAGCCCAGGAUUGGUCUGCUAUAUGAAGACUCCUCUGAUAGCAGUCCCUCAAUUGAGAUUGCCAGAGCACUCUUACAAGCAUAUGCUUUGA